GAGGAAGAUGUUGCUCACCUCCACCAGCAGCAGCAGCAUCGCCGCCACCAGGAAGCGGCCCGUGAUGAUGAGCGAGACGAAGGCAGAGAUGGCCUGGCGGGCGGCACGGCAAGGAUCGUGCACCUGUGCCUGCGCAAGGCCGACCAGAAGCUCGUCAUCCUCAAGCAGAUCCCCGUGGAGCAGAUGAGCAAGGACGAGCGGCUGGCGGCGCAGAACGAGUGCCAGGUCCUCAAGCUGCUCAGCCACCCCAACGUCAUCGAGUACUACGAGAACUUCCUAGAGGACAAGGCGCUCAUGAUCGCCAUGGAGUAUGCCCCAGGGGGCACGUUAGCGGAGUUUAUUCAUAAACGCUGUAACUCCUUGCUGGAUGAGGAUACCAUCCUGCACUUCUUCGUGCAGAUCCUCCUGGCUCUUCACCACGUGCACACCAAGCAGAUUCUGCACCGCGACCUGAAGACUCAGAACAUCCUCUUGGACAAGCAUCGCAUGAUUGUGAAGAUUGGAGACUUCGGCAUCUCCAAAAUCUUGAGCAGCAAGAGCAAAGCCUACACGGUUGUGGGAACACCAUGCUACAUCUCCCCAGAGCUCUGUGAAGGGAAGCCAUACAACCAGAAGAGUGAUAUCUGGGCUUUAGGCUGUGUGCUGUAUGAACUUGCCAGCCUCAAGAGGGCUUUUGAAGCCGCAAAUCUUCCUGCCUUAGUAUUGAAGAUCAUGAGUGGAACGUUUGCCCCAAUAUCGGAUAGAUACAGCCCCGACCUGCGCCAGCUCAUCCUUAGCAUGCUAAACCUGGAUCCUUCCAAGCGACCCCAGCUGAAUGAGAUCAUGGCCCAGGCCAUCUGUAUUCGUCCCCUUCUGAACCUCUACACUGACGUGGGCAGUGUCAAAAUGAGAAGGCCUGAAAAGCCCUUGGCUCCGGUGCCGACAGUGACCCACAGCCGGACGGGGGGACGAGUGAGCAGUGCCAGGCCGAGGGCAGGUGUUCGUGGUGGCUCGGCCAGGACUGGAAUUCCUCCUCCUCUUUCUUCCAUCUACACCUGGGGGAGUGGGAUCACCACCCCGCUUCGCCUGCCCAUGCUGAACACCGAAGUGGUGCAGGUGUCUGCUGGCAGGACGCAAAAGGCUGGGGUCACCAAAUCGGGGCGGCUCAUCAUGUGGGAGGCUCCCCCGAUGGGUGCUGCAGGAGGCCCUUCUCUCCCAGGAGCCACGGAGCAGCUUCAGCCUCAGUUUGUGUCCCGUUUUCUGGAGGGCCAGUCUGGCGUGACCAUCAAACACGUGUCCUGUGGUGACCUGUUCACAGCCUGCCUCACAGACAGGGGGAUAAUCAUGACUUUUGGCAGCGGCAGCAAUGGCUGUUUGGGGCAUGGAAACUUCACAGACGUGAGCCAGCCCAAGAUCGUGGAGGCCCUGCUGGGCUACGAGAUGGUGCAGGUGGCCUGUGGCGCAUCUCACGUCCUGGCAGUUUCCAACGAACGGGAAGUGUUUGCCUGGGGCAGGGGGGAUAAUGGUCGGCUGGGGCUGGGUACCCUUGAGUGCCAUAACUCCCCCCAGCAGGUAGCAGUCCCCCCGGAGCACCAGGCUCAGAGGGUCAUCUGUGGCAUCGAUUCCUCCAUGGUCCUCACAGUGAAGAACCAGAUUCUUGCUUGUGGGAGCAACAGAUGUAACAAGCUGGGCCUGGAUCGGAUCAGCUCAGCAGAGGAGCCUUCCCCGGAGGACCAGGUGGAAGAAGCCACUGUGUUCGUGUGCGCCCAGUCAGCCCCCUUGAACCAAGAGCCGAUCGUGUGCGCUGACAUCGGUACAGCGCACUCGGCUGCAGUCACAGCUUCUGGCCAGUGUUACACCUUCGGGAGCAACCAGCAUGGGCAGCUGGGCACCAACUCCUGCCGGAACAGCCGCGUGCCCCAUCUGGUCGUGGGGCUCCAGGCUAUGAAGGUCACCGUGGUGGCUUGUGGGGAUGCCUUCACUGUAGCCAUUGGAGCAGACGGCGAGGUGUGCACAUGGGGGAAAGGAGCCAGGGGACGGCUGGGCAGGAAGGAUGAAGAAACCGGGAUGCCGCGGCCUGUACAACUGGAGGAGACACAUCCCUACGUGGUGACCUCUGUAGCCUGCUGCCAUGGGAAUACACUGUUGGCAGUAAAGCCUGCCGUGGAAGAGUCACCUUCCCAGUGAGUUUGGUCUGAGAGGGGCUGUAUCCAGCCUCGCCGUAUAGAUGCGGGAGCUCCCCCGACCUCCCAGCACGCCUGUCCUCUCGCUGCUGCUCGCUAAGGCCUGCCUCAGACCCGCGCCCCAGGACUCGGGAGCUUCUCAGCUGCGCUCGUAAGGCAGCAGCCUGGCAACUACGAGGAGUUUGAAACGACGGUUCCCACAGAACCAGAGUUGAUCUCGCUUAUCUGAUCACUGAGGAUCAUUGCCCGGGUGAACGUGAAGUGCCGGGGAGAUGCUGCCCUGGAUGCGCUGCGGCGCAGGCGUCCCUGCAGCUCCGCCGCUGUGUUCAGCAGGUCACGCUGCUGUGUACGAGUGCAGAGGGGCUCUGCUCCGCUGCUGGUGACGAGCACAGAGGUUGUUUUCCCCGUGGAAGCUGUCUCUGGUUACAAAGCCCAGGCUGACAGCUUGGUGUCUGAGAGAGCUGUCAGCCUUCUCACAGCGGUGUCUGGAGUUACGGCCCCAGGCACUGCACUGGGUGACUAAGUGCAAACCCCUUUUCUAAUUAGAGAAGUCUGUCCAUUCCCAUCCCCCCCUUUCAAACGCUUCAUCCAUUUGUUGAGCUGUUCGUCGUGCUUUGGAGGGUCCUGGCCUGCACGGCUGGCCAAACCCGGCGUGAGCAGCGUCUCGUUUGUGCGGCGCAGCCCGGCCCACUCUCCCAAAGUGCCGCCUGCAGCUCUCCAAUUACAGCCUCCCACAGCCCCAGGAGCCCAGUCGAGGAUCUUCUAGCUGAUGUUUGUCCUCAGGCCCCUAAAUCCUACUGCUGACCAACUCACUGGCUCCCAGCCGAGCUCGUGGAAGGCAGCAAAAUGCAGCCAGUGAUUGUCAGUAAUUGAAGUUUUUUAACCCAGAUCUCUUCAGGGAGAUGAUGAGUUUUCACCAGGGAUCCUUUCUGCAGGCAGGAGGGGGCAUAUCAUGAUGUCACAGACAGGAGUUAAGUUUUUGUCCGUAGAAGGGUCAUUUCCUUUUUUCUUUUUUUUUCUUUCUUUUUUUUUAACUUACAUCUGCCCUGGGCCAUUUUUUUAUGAGCUUCUGUCUCUGAUCUGUCUGACAUUGCACAUGCUUUUCCCUUUCACAUCCAUCUUUGUGCUGUUGCCAAUCUGUUGUGUAUAAAGUCAGUACUUUCAUAAGCUG